GAUCUCCGCUCUUCCCCGACUUUUUCCUCCCAGCUCAUCUUUACGAUAAAUUGGCAAAGGAUUUCGAGAAAUCCCGCAAAGACGGCUCUUCGAAAAAGUCGAAGACGUCAUCAAAGGUUUCUAUUUUAAGCUUGAAAUGAUCAGAAAAUGGUCGAAUUUUUAUUCAAAAAUUAAUAGAUACAGUUUCUCACGCUGAUAAAAUUUUCGAAAAAGAACUGUGAAAAAAAAUUUUUUAAAAAUUCAACAUUUUCCCGUUAGAAUUUUUUCCUAAUGGUAGAUAGAGCUUCUCCGAACGAUCUGGAAAAAAAUUUUUUCGAAAUUUUUUUCCGAGCUUACAAGGAUCUCUAUUUACGCUGGAAUUUUCUAAAAAUUGGCCGAAGUUUCUAGAAAUCUUAACUCACGAAAAUUACUAGAUUUUAAAAAAGGAAUAUCAAAAAAAGGUGGAAAAAGUCCUUGAAAUAGACCUCAAGUUUUGAAAAAACAUUUUUUCGCAAAAUUUUUCGUGUUGAGACCUCCAGAAUCUUCAUUUGGUCACAUCGAAGAUUAUUUAGACAGUUUUCAACAAAUAAAUACGGUUCAUUAAAUAAAUUAUAUUCGGUGCAAGAUUUUUAUAUGUAUUUUUUUGAAACUGCUUUUUUUCUUAUAAAUUUAUAUAAAUUUCGAACUCCAGAGUGGCCCCUAGAGGAGUUAGAGGACUGAAUAGUGUACCCUAGAGGGGUCGAAUUUAGGUUGUCCCGGUUCGGUUUAGGAUCUGAUCUUCAAGCCCCCAAAGCUUAAAUGGUCCCUAUAGGGGUCUUUCAAUUUGUUCAGGUUUGAGGAUUAAGGAGACUUAAUUUAUAAAAUUUGAUCAAUUUAUCUGGUUUUUUUCAAAAAGCCCCCCGUCCUCUAGGGACCACUCUGGCGUUCCUAAGGUUUUUUUCUUCGAACGGCGCGCUUUCUCAAUUUUUUUCUCACGGACCGCAUUUUUGAGAAUAAAUUCAGAAUCAGCUCAAAAAAAAUCUUGCAUUUAGCGAAAAAAAUGAUUAAAUAAAUAUUUCUAUAAAAUUUAAUUCCAGACAGCCCCAGAAGUCGACGCCGAAGUGCAGCAAAUCGUGAAAAAAAUGUCAAAAGUUUGCUCUCCCCAGAACUGGUCAAGGGUGUCGGCAAAGUCUAUCAAUUCAAUCUGACCGGUAGAAAUAUAUCUUUAAUUUGAUGCCAAAAAGACAAAAAAAUUAGGCGAUUUGAACAAAUCGAUCGUUUUGGACUUGAAAAACGGCGACGGAUCGAUCCACGACGGCGAGAAUAAGGACGCCAAUGUUGUGUGAGUUUUCGGAGUGUUUUCAGAAAAAAAAAACUGAUAAAUGCCGCCCUAUUAAAGGAUCAUCGUAAGGCGCGAUAAAAAAAAUCGGCGUGGAAGUUACUGUAUAGUGAAUUCCGCGCGUAGUUGUCAAGUUUUUCCAGGAAAAAAAAAUCUAGGAGAACUGUAUAAAAAGCUUUUUCGCGCCUUCGCUUCAAGACCUGUAAUCUAAAGGUACUGGAAAAAAGUGACCACUAGAGGCUGGCCAAGGACUGCUUGGAGAGGACACCAAAGUGGCCACUAUUUCCCGUUUUAGUGGCCACUUCAGUAGUUUUUCAUCCAGUAUUCCUUCCAGUAACUCUGAUAACUUUGAAACAAACAGAUUGGACCAGUUAUGUUGAUCCAUUGACCCCCUAAAGUGGCCACUGAACAUUUAAGUGGUUUAGUAGUAGCACUUAGAUCCCUAUAGUGGCCACUAAUUUUUAGCCCCUUAAGUGGCCACUAAUUCGACUACUAUAGUGGCGACUGAAGCGUCCAAACCCUAUAGUCGCCACUAAAAGUUUCCACAGUAUACGGUAUUUUCGGCAGACGUUAUAAGACUAUAGCCACGGGGGCGGAAACAGUUUCAUCUGAACAAUUUAUUGAUUAGUCACCAAAUAAAUCGGAAAAAAGUCAGUUUCACGAUGGCGGCGACGGAUUUCGCGCCGAUGUUCGACGGCCGUCUCAAGCCGACGGUGGCCUUCAUGUCCAAGAAGCUGGAGAUCAAAGGCGACCUUCCCGCCGCCAUGAAACUUGAAGGCGUCCUCAGGAAAUUCGUCAAAUCUAACUGA